CGGCCCCCCACUGCCUUGCCCGAGCAUGUCUGAGGGUCCCCAUCUCCCGCAAAAAUGGCAUCCAGAGACACUGCCCUCUUAAGCCCGACUGCUGAUGGCGAUCGCUAUGAACUCACCAGCCCGACGGCGCUGCCCCAGGCGGGCGGCUUCCUCUGGAACCAGAAGAUGAUGAUACAUUUCACCUGUCGCGGCUAUGCCACCGCCCAAUUCAUGCAGCCUGAGCCUGCCAAAUACUCGCACGCGCCAAAUAUCGAGGCCAGGACCUUUAUGCAGCCCGAGCAGAACUACUACGCUCACCACCCCGGUCGCUUUGUCUAUGUCAAAGACGACGAGACUGGCUCCAUCUUCUCAGCGCCUCACGAGCCUGUCCGUGCCAAGCCGGAACGCUUCGUCUUCUCCGCAGGCAAGAGUGAUGCGUCCUGGACGACGCAGGGGCUCGACGGCGUUCAGGUGGACAUGACCUUGGCGCUGCCAACCCACGACGUCGCGGAACUGUGGACAGUCAAGGUCAAAAACACUUCAGCCCGCCGGCGGAAGAUCAGCCUGUAUCCUUACUUCACCCUCGGCUACAUGUCAUGGAUGAACCAGGGGGCUGAGUACCGCUCCGACCUCGGGGGCAUCGUUGGGAGCAGCAUCACCCCGUACCAGAAAGCCGAGGACUAUGCCAAAAACAAGUUCCUCAAGGACAAGACCUACUUCCUCUGUGAAGAACCACCCUCGGCAUGGGAGGCGAACCAGAAUUCAUUCGAGGGCGAAGGUGGCCUCCAUGCUCCAUCAGCCGUGCUGGAGAGCGACGGUUUGAAAAAUGGAGAUGCACGCUACGAAACGCCCGUCGCAGCAGUGCAGUACCGCGUCGACCUCGCGACAGGCGAGGAAAAGACCUACCGAUUCAUCUUUGGCCCAGCCUUUGAUGAUGCUGAAAUCAGAUCUAUGAGGGACAAGUACCUCAGUGCAGACGCCUUUGCCCAGUCGGCACAGGAUUACGCUGCAUACAUCCGAUCCGGGAGAGGUCGCCUCCAGAUGAGGACACCGGAUGCGGCGCUUGACAACUUCGUCAACAACUGGCUGCCUCGGCAGGUAUUCUACCACGGCGACGUCAACCGCCUGACUACGGACCCGCAGACACGCAACUACCUCCAGGACAACAUGGGGAUGAGCUACAUCAAUCCCGCCGUGGCGCGCAAGGCCAUCGUGACGGCCCUGUCGCAGCAGGAAGAGACGGGUGCCAUGCCGGACGGCAUCCUGUUGUCACCUGACGCGGAGCUCAAAUACAUCAACCAGGUCCCGCACACAGACCACUGCGUGUGGCUUCCCAUUGCGCUGGAGGUGUACCUCUCCGAGACUGGCGACUAUGAGCUGCUCCAAGAGAGUGUCCCAGGGCCUCGCGGGGAGGCCCUGACUGUUUUCGACCGCCUCUGCCGCGCGAUGGACUGGCUUGUUUCGUCUAAUGCUAGGGAUGAGUACGGCCUGAGUUACAUCGCCCAGGGGGACUGGUGCGAUCCCAUGAACAUGGUGGGAUGGAAGGGCCGAGGCGUGUCGGGCUGGCUGACUGUCGCCACCGGAUACGCGCUGAAGCUGUGGGCAGAAAUCUGCACCGAUUCCAAGCGGCCAGAUGCGGCAAAGAAGUAUCGCGCGGAUGCGGAUGAGGUCAACAAGGCGGCCGCCACGCACCUGUGGGAGGGCGACUGGUUCCUGCGCGGCAUCACCGACGACAACAGGGUAUUUGGUGUCAAGGACGACAAGGAGGGCAAGAUCUGGCUGAACCCCCAGGCGUGGUCCAUUCUCGGCGGCGCGGCGGACGCCGACAAGAUCGCCAAGAUGCUGCCGCACGUCGACGAGCUGCUGGGCACCCCGUACGGCGUCCUCAUGUUCUGGCCGCCCUUCAGCGGGAUGGUCGAGGACAUCGGGCGCGUGACGCAGAAAUUCCCCGGCCAGGGCGAGAACGGUUCCGUGUAUAACCACGCAGCCGUCUUCUACAUCCACGCGCUCUACAGCAUCGGCGAGGCGGACCGCGCCUACAAGCUCCUGCGGCAGAUGCUGCCGGGCCCCGGCGAGGACGACUACCUGCGGAGAGGCCAGCUCCCGGUGUAUAUCCCGAACUACUACCGCGGCGGCUGGAAGGAGUUCCCUGACCGCGCUGGCCGGUCGAGUCAGUUGUUCAACACCGGCACCGUGUCGUGGGCGUACCGGUGCUUCAUCGAGGGCCUGUGUGGGCUCCGGGGCGAUGCUGACGGGCUGAGGGUGAAGCCACAGCUGCCCUCGGACUGGGACGGCAUCACGGUGAAGCGGCUGUUCCGCGGGGCCGAGUUCAACGUGGAGAUCCGUCGUGGGGAUGUCAAGCAGGUGCAGGUGGUUCUCGACGGCAAGACCCUCUCAGAGGCGCACAUCACCGGCGUGGAGGCUGGCAAGACGUAUGAUGUGUCCGUGGUUGUGCCAGCAAUAUAGCGUGAGGCCGUACAGUUCGCAAAGAAUUGUAAUGGCACCGAAAAGGUGAACUGCACAUUGUCAUAGACCGACGGCAUCCCGGGUCCUCGAGUUGGUGACCUUGAAUAGACUGUUACUGCUACUCGUAUUGAUCGCCUGUCUUGUGGCAAUCUUACCCGACGGCAUACAAGUUUACCCGACCAUAGUUUUUUCUCUAGGCACACAUGACAGCUCGAAAAACGUAAUAAUGCCUGUGACGCGAUUCCAGCACGUCUUGGCAUCUGGG